ACGUCUUCGACGCGAGUCAAUUGGUCUUCUACUUUCUUUACCUUCUUCUUCUCUCUCUCUAGUUGUGACCAUCCUAUAGUAGCUUGCCUCUGCUUAAGCUAUUCCAUAUCCAUCAUGGAGUCUUCUCCUCCAAGGAGCAAUUCUGUUGCUCCUGUGGCAGGCGUGAAGCGUCCAGCAACCUUGUUGCCGGCUUUUGAGCCAUUGAGUUCCUCCCCUUCUCUUCCCAGACCUCAGAAGCGUGUAGCACGCGAAAACCAUGGCAUCGUAUCCAUGUACCCGACUCCGGUCCCGACAUCGUCGACGCAUAUCAUGUCCUCGUCGCCCCCGAGAAUGGCCCUGUCACGCUCCCGUACCUUUUGCUCUAGCAGCUCCGAACGAACGCCCCUGUCCGCCGUCCCGACCCUGAUGCUCUCCGAGAAUGGCGAACCGCUUCGCAUGGGCAGAUCCAGUGCCUCCUGCCAGCACCAGCUUGCUGCCAACCGUAUGAUUUCUAGAGUCCACGUCCAGGCCACGUACAAGCCCGCCCCCAACCCCUUCGACCGUGACCGGGUUGAGAUUAUGUGUAUGGGAUGGAAUGGGAUCAAGCUCCACUGCCAGGGGAAGACAUACGACUUGGCCAAGGGAAAGACUUUUACGUCCGAUAUCAAGGAUGCCGAUAUUAUGAUUGAUGUUCACGACGCACGCGUCUUGAUUCAGUGGCCCCGGGCUGAGAAGAAGGAUUAUGCAUCGACCGAUUCAGAGCAAACAUGGGAGGAGACCACCCCAAGACGAAAGGCAAAGUCACGUCGGAGUCUGCAGGACAGUCCGCUUGUCGAACAUCAGCGUCUGGCUUCUCCUGUCUCUCCUUCCCCUGCUGCCGUUCAGGCCGCCCUGAUACCCCCAUCCUCGCCUCUGUCUACGCCUACUCGUUCGCGUAACGCGGUCGUUGUGUUUGAAGAUGAGGCGUCUCCUGUUCGCCGGAAUAACGCUUCAGAUCUCGCCGUGUCUGAGGGUGCUAAGAGCGCUUCCCAACGUGUAGAGGACAUUCUGUCGAGCUCGCAGUCAAGUGAUAUCAGUGAUCUGAGUAAGCCUGAUGACUUGUCUGAUCACGACGAGGAGAAUGAUCCCAUCGUGCACUCCUUUGGACCGUUCGGUGAGAAUAUCCUCCCGAGAAUGGCCUCGUUUUCCGCUGCCGAUUCGCCAAUUCGGUCUUCUUUCGCUUCGCGGUCCCAGCCUGCAGCUCAACCUCUUCAGCCGAGUUACUCCCCAAGACAGCGAUCCAAUACUGCUGAGCAGAGAGUCGAACCCGUCGUCCGAACCAAGGAGUUUGAGGAAGCCAUUGAGCGGAUCCAGAACCAUGCCGUCAACCAACUUGCCUUUUCCCGGCUGUCCUCGACUCCUUUCUCGACUAUCUUGAACAACCUUCCCCCUACCAUGUGGAAGCGUGAGGACCGCUCCAAGUCUGGACCGUCCAAGACUGACAUCCGAGCCAUCAUCGAUGCUACCAAGUGCAUUGGCAAGGUCGCCCGUGAAGGCAAGGAUGCUGCUGGCAAGCCACUCGAAAGUGAAUACUAUUACAUUCCUGACUUUGAUGAUGACGACAUGAGACGAGAAGCCGUUGUCCAUGAUCUCCGGAAACCAGGUCUCCGAAACUGCCGGAAACAACACAAGCAAUAUUUCUGGCGGAAGCCGAAAUAAGCUGCCACCCGGUCGAUAAAUAAAAUUUCCUUUGUUCGAUUCUUCCGAUGCCUUCUGAUCGCCCGGAUGAUUCUCGUUCUUAGUACAU